UGUGUGUGUGUGUGUGUUUUCUAGUGUGGAUCAUGGAGGAGAAUCCAGGAUUACAGCAGGACUGAAGAAAUAUGCCUGUUUUCUCACACUGGAUCCAAACACAGCAAACAAUAAACUCAUUCUGUCUGAGGAGAACAGAAAGAUGACAUGUGUGGAAGAGUAUCAGUCGUAUCCUGGUCAUCCAGACAGAUUUGAUGUGUGUCCUCAGGUGUUGUGUAGAGAGAGUGUGUGUGGACGCUGUUACUGGGAGAUUGAGUGGAGUGGAGAUUAUGGUGUGUAUAUAUCAGUGUCAUAUAAGAGCAUCAGCAGGAAGGGACAGGGUAAGGAGUGUGAGUUUGGAUCUAAUGAUCAGUCCUGGAGUUUGAUCUGCUCUCCCAUUGGUUACUUAUUCAGACAUAAUAACAUACAGACUGAUCUCCCUGUGAAGCCCAUCAGUCGUAGAACAGGUCGUAAUAUCUAUAGAAUAGGAGUGUAUGUGGAUGAGAGUGCAGGAACCCUGUCCUUCUACAGCAUCUCUGACACAAAGAGUCUCAUCCACACAGAACAGACCACAUUCACUCAGACGCUCUAUCCUGGGUUUUGGGUUAAUUAUGUUGGAUCAUCAGUGAAACUGUGUUGAUGAAUAAGAAUAGACUGAUGAGAGUUUUUACCCAUAAUGCUUUGAGCUGAUGAUGAAUCAGUAAGAGUGAGAUGUUAUUGAGUCUCUUCAUGACAUUAAUACUGCAGCUCAACUUCUGUCACUCAAAUAACAGAAUAAAUGUGUGUCAGAAAUCACCAUAUAGACAGAAACAUCAGUG